CUCUUUAAUUUUGGUUUUGUGGUUGCAAAAAGGGGAGAAUUUUUAGAACUCCAAUUCACCCCCCCUUUUGGAGUACAUUGAGUCAACAAUUGGUAUCAGAGCAAGGGAUCCAAUUUGAAGGUUUAACCACCUUGGAGUUGAUCAGGGAUGGCUCAAUUUCAAUCUUCUCAACCACUUGAAGGUUUGUCUACCACUAAGCCUCCUUUCUUUGAUGGUACUAAUUAUAAUUAUUGGAAGAAUAGGAUGAAGGUCUUCAUGCUUGCAAAUGUGCCCAAGGCAUGGAUUGUGACUAUGAAAGGUCCACAUGUGCCUAUGAAAGUAGUUGGGGAAAGUGAGGUGCCAAAGGAAGAAGUUGAAUGGAAUGAUGAAGACUUGGUGAAGAUCAUGAUCAACAACAAAGCAAUCAAUAUGCUUCAAUGUGCUCUCAAUCCAACGGAAUUCCAUAGAGUAUUUGGAUGUGAUACGACCAAGGAGAUGUGGGACAUGUUGGAGGUAACACAUAAAGGAACAAGCCAAGUGAAGGAGUUACAAAUCAAUAGACUCAUUUACAUGUAUGAGCUUUUCAAGAUGAAACCGGAGGAGAGCAUUCAAGAAAUGUAUACAAGAUUGAAUGAUAUAGUCACCAAUCUCAAGGCUCUUGGUAAAGUCUAUCCUUCUCAAGAAGUAGUGAGGAAGGUUCUUAGAAGCUUGCCCAAGAAUUGGGAAGCCAAGAAGACCGCAAUUGAAGAAUUUAAGGAUCUCAACACCCUCAAGCUUGAAGAUCUCAUUGGAAAAUUGAUGACAUAUGAGAUAAAAGUUCAAGUUGAUGGUGGAGUUGAAUCUAGCAAUGAGGAGGACAUCACCAAAUUGAUUUCGAAGGAAGUGAAGAGAUUCACGAAGAAGCACAUCAAGAGCAAGCUUGCAAAAAGAGAUGAAGGAGAGUCUACCAAAAGGAGCGUGAAAUGCUAUAAGUGCAACAAGAUGGGGCACUAUAGAAAUGAAUGUCCCAAAUUGAAGAAAGGUGAAAGGAACAAGAAGAGCAUGAAGAAGAAAGCUUUUACCGCCACUUGGAGCAAUGAUGAGACUAGCUCAACGGAAAGUGAAAGCUCCUUGGAAAAUGGUGUUGCAAAUCUUUGCUUCAUGGCUCAAGAGGAUAGCUACAAUGAUGAGGAGUUCUCUCUCUCAUGGCUUCAAGAAGGGGCGGAAGCAAGAGGAAAUAGAUUGGGAGUUCUAGUGCCGAUGGCCAAGCCCAGGAGGAAGUUUAGUCAGUUUCCUCAAGGGAAUAUGCAUGUAGAAGAGAUUUUUAGGGAACUUGGAUGGAGUAAUUUUUUAGAGAUUAAGGAGCAUGUGUAUAAUGAUGUGGUUUACCAAUUCUAUGCUAAUUUGAAACCAAAAAGGGAGAAGUGCAAAACUAAGGUUAAUGGAGUAGUGAUUCAGUUUUCACCUAGAGAGAUUUGCAAUGUAUUAGAAAUAUCAGAGGGUGGAGAUGAUGAAUUUGAGAAUGUCAACCAUGAAGAAAUUAGACUCGCACUUGCACCGACAUGGGAUCAAGUAAUGGAACAGCAAAGUGAUGAAGAAGAAGGUAAUGCGGAUCAAGAAAUGGUAGAACAGGGGGAAGAGGAACAUGGAGGUGAUAGCCCAAGACCCUUUCAAGGCUCCAUGCAAAGGACAAACCGUGAAACCAUGGAGCUAAUGAUAAAUGAGAUGUGGCAGCUGCACACCGACUUCUAUGGUUUUUGGACAGAAAUGAGAGGGAGAAUGGAUACCAUGGAUGGAAAGCUUGAUCAGCUUGUUAACCAUUUUUUUCCUCCACCCCCACCUAGUGCCACCUAACUUGAUAUUUCUUUAGUUUAGCUAAUCUUUAGGAUGGACAUCUCAGGGUUAUGCAUUUUAUGUUUUUAGGCUUGUGAUUAUGUUUUUCUUUGACUAUGGAUAUUUCUUGAACCUUUUUAUCUUGUUUUAUGAAUGGAAAUGGCAUCACUUGUGUUAUCAUGCUUUGUGAAUGGUUGUUUAUGAUUUUGAUGACUGUAUACUUUUAUUGAGGGGGAGCAUUUUGUGCUUAAA